CAGAGGCUAUCUAUCAAGGAUAUGGAAACAAAAAAUGCAACAGAGCUGACGGAGUUCAUUCUCACAGGUCUUACACAUCAACCAGAGUGGCAAAUCCCCCUGUUCCUUCUGUUCUUCAUGAUAUAUCUCAUCACCAUCAUGGGGAACCUUGGUCUGAUUGCUCUCAUCUGCAAUGACCCUCACCUUCACAUCCCCAUGUACUUAUUCCUUGGGAGUUUAGCAUUUGUGGAUGCCUGGGUAUCAUCUACAGUGACCCCCAAAAUGCUGGCCAACUUCCUAGGCAAGAGUAAGAUGAUAUCUCUCUCUGAAUGCAUGGUACAAUUCUUUUCCUUUGUAAUCAGUGUAACCACAGAAUGUUUUCUGCUGUCAACAAUGGCAUAUGAUCGCUAUGUGGCUAUCUGCAAACCAUUACUUUAUUCAGUGAUUAUGACCAAUAGGCUAUGCAUGCAACUAGUAGUCUUAUCAUUUUUAGGUGGCCUUAUACAUUCCAUAAUUCAUACAGGUUUGUUAUUCAGAGUAACAUUUUGUAACUCUAAUAUAAUACAUCACUUUUAUUGUGACAUUAUGCCACUGAUUAAAAUUUCUUGUACUGAUCCCUCUAUUAAUGUUCUGAUGGUAUUUAUUUUCUCUGGUUCAAUUCAGGUGUUUACCAUUCUCAUUGUUCUUAUCUCUUAUAUACUUAUUCUCUUUACAAUAUUAAAAAAGAAGUCUAUACAAGGAAUAAGGAAAGCCUUCUCCACCUGUGGAGCCCACCUUCUGUCUGUCUCGUUAUACUAUGGGCCUCUUCUCUUCAUGUAUGUGCACCCUGGAUCUGAACAAGCAGAUGAUCAAGAUAUGAUAGACUCUCUAUUUUACACUGUCAUAAUUCCUUUCUUAAAUCCAAUUAUCUACAGCCUGAGAAAUAAGAAAGUCAUAGAUUCACUGACAAAAGUGUUAAAGAGAUAUUCUUAG